AUGUGGGCUUACAUUCUGCUUCUCGUGCUAACGAGCAUGUCUCUCGCCUUUCCGACCGACUUCGCUGUUAAACGCCGCACUUUCGGCCUGUCCGCUUCCAAUUUGGGCAGUUUUUUGGAUGUGGCUGGUGAAGCUUUUGACCUGGUUGACACAGCCCUCGGCAGUAGUGCUCAUGCCUCGAUGGACAUCCCUGCCGGUCUAAGCCCCCAGGGUGCGGCUGCACUGGGAGGUAGUGCUCUCGGAUGCAGCGCCAGCACCAUCGACGUUGGCGCCCGCGAGGAACUUAGAUCCUGGCUGGCUAGCCAGACUGGCAUCACCGGUUCCCUGAAACCCUUGCUCCAGUCCUGGUGUGAGAGCGAAGGCUCCACAACGCUGGAUACUGACGUUGUGGCUGCUCUCUCCGUCCACAUCCCUACCUGUGCUCAUAUUGCCGCUAAAGGAUCGUUGUACAUCACCGUCGACGGCAUUUUCCCCGCGGGUGACCUUCAAGAAGCUUCAGUUCUAGGUACAUCUGACCAAGAGUCCCUGUCCGCAUUUCUAUCUGCUUAUGACAGCCUUGGCGCUGAUAUCCAUGCUGGGCUCAGCGUCUGCGCAGCUGGUGGUGCCGCUAUCAGCUUGGAUGCUCAUUUCAAGGCCUCCCUUCUCGCUUGGACUCAGGCCUCUAACUGCCCACUCAGUGCUAAUCUGCAGCGGUCCGUCCUUGCUUGGUGUCAGGGUAGCCGUGGCGGACAUCUCACUACGAUCAGCUCCUCCACUGACUCCACUCUAAUUACUUUCUCGGUUGGGGCUUCGGUUGGGGCUUUCGUCGAGGAGGGUGGCCCUCUUUCCGCCCACGCUCAGGCCGCUCUGAAGAACUUUCUUGAUACCAGGCUGGCGACUGAUAUCGACGCUAGUGUCCUGGCUGGGCUGACUGCUUGCGCGGCUGGAAGCUAUGCUACUUCCAUCGAUGUUGAUAUCCGCACCGCAGUCGCUGCCUGGCUCUCCAGCUCCCGCUGCUCUCUGGGCGUCGAGCUGAAGGCUAUUGUCUUUCUUUGGCUAUCCCAAGCUACUUCUGCUGAAAUGCCUCUCAGCCAUCUCAGCGGCCCGGCGGCUGAUCUUGCUGGCCUACUCACCGAGGAUACUGUGGGAUCUCUCAGUACCAUUCUCCGCGCAGUACUAGGUCUUGUACACGCCGGUGGGAGCCUGUCACUUCUGUCCUAG